CUCCAACAGAGGCAGCACUAUUCCUCCUCUCUCCUGUAGCCAUUUCCUAUACGAGCGACGUGUUCACGAACGGGAACGGCCGACGAGCACAUGACCACAGAGAAGCACUGAACAAAUAGCCACGCGUCCCGCGCCCAACACCGUCUUUCACCAUCGUUCUCUCGCGAAUUCCCCGAACCAUCCUCACCCUAUGCAAUGAGGCAUGACCACGCCGAACGGAUACCACAAGCCUCACGAACAGGACGGCCUCCAUGAUGACGAUCGCGAUUCGGAUUUGGACCUCGACCUGAAUGAGCUUGAUCCGCAUCCUGUCACCGACCGUACACCAUCUCAUUCGCGCCAGCCGAGUUCUGGUCGCAUCAGCCAUGACUUUGCUGCGCGAAUACCUUUGCGAAAUUUGCGCUUUGGAGGGCGACGGAGACCGCGCAACGAAGAUACAGAAGAUCUGGAAGCGCUGGUAGGGGACGAUGAAGAUGGACCGAAGCCGUCGACCGCCAGCUCAGGAGCGUCUGCAUACGAUGAUGCGCCGCUGCUUUCACAGCAGAAUGGAGGCACGCGGAAGUUCUCGCAGCUCGGAUCCAACCGUUUUGGCGACAAUCGCCGACCAAAAGGCAUCUGGCAAUAUGUGCCUUUCAUGAACCGAUCAACCUCCAUACAGCUGCCGGCAAUAAGUGAAGACGAGGCCGAAGAUGAUCAUGAUCCAGCGAGCGCCAGAAAUAUUGCUGUGGGGCAGAAGCAACCGGCGCGGUUCCCAGCGAAUGCCAUAUCGAAUGCAAAAUACACGCCCUGGUCGUUCUUGCCGAGAACACUCUUCAAUGAGUUCAAGUUCUUCUUCAACAUGUACUUCCUACUCGUCGCAUUAUCGCAAAUCAUUCCCGCACUCCGAAUCGGCUACCUUUCGACGUACAUCGCGCCUCUUGCCUUUGUACUCAUGAUCACCCUUAGUAAAGAGGCGUUCGACGAUCUGAGUAGGAGGAAACGGGACAGAGAAGCCAACAGUGAGCCUUACAGAGUGCUGCGAUUCGACAGUCCUGGCUUCUCCGAUACGGACGCUAGCAGCAAGAAAAGGAAGAUCAAGAGCAUAACAGAGAAAAAGAAGAAAGGGAAGCGCAGAAGAGUGUCAGCAGAAGAUGCAAGGCUACAGCAGGCCGAGGACGAAGAGUACAGCACACAGAAUGUAGACGCCCCUUCGUCAAACGUUGCUGAAAUCAUCAAACCAUCGGCCCAGCUCAAGGUUGGUGAUGUGAUUGUGCUCGAGAAGGAUCAAAGAGUGCCUGCAGAUGUGGUCAUCCUGAAGAGCUUCUCGGCAGAAACCGUUCAGACAGAGGCAGAACCUCGACAAGAGACGGUCGAAGAAGCGCUUGUGGAUAUGGGCGAGAACGCUGCACCUGUCAGCCCACGUCUACAACGUCAGUCUAUUCAAGGUGUACAAUUGAGCAACGAGACCACUUCAUCCGAUCCGAGUGGCGGAGGUGAAGCUUUCAUUCGUACUGAUCAGCUGGAUGGAGAGACCGACUGGAAGCUGCGCCUGGCCACACCACUUGCGCAGACAUUGCCCGCAUCCGAGUAUCUCAGGUUGCGAGUGACCGCCGGCAAACCAGACAAACGAGUCAAUGACUUUGUGGGCACCAUUGAACUGGAGCCAAAGAAGCACAGAGCUUACGACCCGCAUCCAGAGGAUGGGCCGGAAGACGUUCGGGCAACGGAGACCAAAUCGACUCCUUUGAACAUUGACAACACAGCGUGGGCAAAUACAGUACUCGCCUCAUCAACGACGGUACACGCCGUCGUCAUAUAUACUGGGCCACAGACUCGUGCCGCGCUUUCGACUUCUGCUUCGCGUUCGAAAACAGGUCUCCUCGAAUUGGAAAUUAAUAGCCUUGUCAAGAUCCUUUGCAUUUUGACCGCCGCCUUGAGCUUUAUCUUGGUCGCCAUUCACGGCUUCAAAGAACAUGAUGGCAGGAAGUGGUAUAUCGCUACCAUGCGAUUUUUAAUCCUGUUCAGCACGAUCGUGCCGAUCUCUCUGCGUGUCAACCUCGACUUGGGCAAGAGCGUCUAUGCCUGGUUCAUCCAUCACGACACGGACAUACCAGGCACUGUCGUGCGAACGAGCACCAUUCCUGAGGAUCUCGGACGAAUAGAGUAUCUGUUGUCUGACAAGACCGGCACACUAACCCGGAAUGAGAUGGAACUGCGCAAAGUUCAUGUUGGCACUGUCAGCUAUGGCGGAGAUGCCAUGGAAGAAGUCGUCGGCUAUGUCACGCAGGCCUUCUCGGCUGCAGAGGAUGCACCCGCUGGCGCCUUGUUCAGUCCUUCAGCAGGCAUCAAUUCUUUGAGUGGUGCCACACGAACGCGACGAGAAAUCGGAUUGCGCGUCCGCGACCUCGUGCUGUCCUUGGCUCUAUGCCACAACGUCACGCCAACCACCGAGGAAAACGACGAUGGGCAGCCUAAGGUCUCGUACCAGGCAUCUUCGCCAGACGAGAUCGCGAUCGUGGAGUGGACUGAGAGUGUUGGCCUACGCUUGCAGCACCGUGAUCGCAAGUCAAUCACACUGCAGUAUACUGGCGAUGACAGGACUGUGGUGCGUGUCGAAGUGCUUAAUGUCUUCCCAUUCACCAGCGACAGUAAACGCAUGGGCAUUAUUGUCCGGUUCAUUCGCAGUUCUGGCUUGAGCAAAGACGAGGAUGGCGAGAUCGUGUUCUACCAAAAAGGCGCUGACACAGUCAUGACGUCCAUCGUUGCUGCGAACGACUGGCUUGAGGAAGAGACGGGCAAUAUGGCGCGGGAGGGCUUGCGAACACUUGUUGUUGGUCGGAAGCCUCUGACUGCGCAGCAAUAUUCUGCCUUCUCGGAUGCCUACGCAGAAGCCUCGCUCAGUCUUGCCGGACGAGACGCGGCCAUGGCUUUGGUCGUAAGGCAGCACUUGGAACACAAUCUCAAUCUUCUUGGUGUGACUGGCGUGGAAGACAAGUUACAACCCAAAGUCAAGCCUUCGCUCGAGCUUCUCCGCAAUGCCGGCAUCAAGAUCUGGAUGUUGACGGGCGAUAAGGUUGAGACAGCUCGAUGCGUAGCGGUCUCGUCCAAGCUCGUUUCUCGUGGUCAGACCAUUCACACCAUUGCUGGGCUCAAACGUCGUGACGCCGCUCUCGACGCGCUGAGUACGAUUCAGAACCAGACCAAUGCUGCGCUCCUCAUCGAUGGACAGUCGUUGGGCAUUUACCUACAACACCACAAGGAUGCCUUCAUCAGCAUUGCUGUUCGCCUUCCUGCCGUCAUAGCCUGUCGCUGCUCUCCCACACAGAAGGCAGAUAUCGCGCACCUCAUCCGCGCCUAUACCAAGAAGCGCAUCGCCUGCAUCGGCGACGGUGGCAACGAUGUCUCCAUGAUCCAAGCUGCAGACGUCGGCGUGGGUAUUGUGGGCAAGGAGGGCAAGCAAGCCUCUCUCGCGGCCGACUUCAGCAUCGAACAAUUCGCCCACCUCACCAAACUCCUCGUCUGGCACGGCCGCAACUCCUACCGCCGCAGCGCUAAACUGGCCCAAUUCGUCAUGCAUCGUGGCCUCAUCAUCAGCAUCUGUCAAACCGUGUUCAGCAUCGCCUCCAAAUUCGAACCUAUCGCCCUCUACCGCGAUUGGCUCCUGGUCGGCUACGCCACAAUAUACACCAUGAUGCCCGUCUUCUCCCUGACACUGGACCAAGAUGUCGAUGAAGGUCUUGCGAACCUCUAUCCCGAACUCUACAAAGAACUCACUCUUGGAAAGUCGCUCUCAUAUAAAACGUUCUUCAUUUGGCUCGCUAUAUCCGUUUAUCAAGGUCUGAUCAUACAAGGCGGCGCCGAGCUCCUCGUGCCCUCCUUUUCCGCCAACAAUUCUGCCGCUUUGGCCAAUCCGGAUUACACUCCCAUCAACACACCCGGUUUCCAGAAGAUGGUCGCUGUGUCAUACAGCGUUCUCAUCAUUAAUGAAUUGUGCAUGGUGGCUGCGGAAAUCACGACAUGGCAUUGGAUUAUGAUUGCAAGCAUCGUGAGCACAAGCGUAAUUUAUUUGGUGAGUGUACCAUUUUUGGGCGAAUAUUUCGAUCUCGGCUUCAUAUGGAGUUUGGGCUUCGUGUGGAGGUUUGCAGCGAUUCUGGGAGCUGCAUUGGUGCCUGUUUGGGGUGGUAAAGUUAUCAGGCAGUACGUGAAGCCAGAGAGUUACAGGAAGGUGAGAGGAUAGUAGUCGAAGAGUAGGCAGGGGAAAUGAGACAUGUACAUUUACGGUGUUAUGCGCAGUGUGUCACGCGUCCUAUUUCUUAUAUCGAGGAUUUGUGGGCCUAGGAUGAUCUUGGGACGAUCGUGCCUUUGACGCCGUAGUAUUGGAUGCCGGACGAGGAGGGCUUGCAACAUGGAGCGGGAAGGCGAUCCAAAGUGUCACUGCUCUUGCCGUUUGGCUUGGCAAGUUGCUGCCGUUUUCUGCCCGAGAAUCAACGACCAUCUCAACUUCAAAAUCAUCAACACCAAAUGAAUCGAUUUCAUCCCGAG